AUGGCAGACACAGGAGGGCCCCCGAGGCACACGCUUUGUUUCUUAUCUACACUGCUUUCCCAGAAAGUUCCUGAGAAGUCAGACACCACACUCCGCUGCAUAAUCUCUGGUCAGCCCAAACCAGAGGUAACUUGGUAUAAGAAUGGUCAAGCCAUAGAUGAACACGACAUUAUUUCCAGCUAUGAAUUCUUCGAGAAUCAGUAUAUUCAUAUAUUACAUCUCUAUGGCUGCACCCCAAAAGACACUGCUGUUUAUCAAGUCUCUGCUAAAAAUUGUUUUGGAAUGAUUUGCUGUUCUGCAUCCAUUGAAGUUGAGAGCUUGUCUCAGAAGCCACAGCGCUGUCCCGCCCUGGAAGAGGAUGAGGACACAGGUCGUCUCCAUGAAACAGAGACAUGUGAGCAGGAGAACACAAAUCAAAUGGACGAGAAAGAACAGCCCUAUAAGGAAGAAGAAAGUGCCUCCUCAGAGACUCCCACGUCAGCUGGCUCCCCCUCCUCCAGAUGCGAAGGUCUGUGCUCACGCCAGUUGUUGGCCAACAGCGACAUCACCGCACCCAGUGCUGAAAAUCCCUUGGAUGGCGAAGGAAGGAGGCGCAAGGCAGAGACGGACAAUCCGAAUAACACAGAGGAAAUUGCAGCUGGGCUGCUUUUCCCUAAUUCAAGUAAUAUUCCCCUUGAGCAAGACACCUGUUGUCACAGGGACGCGCUUUCCAAGGGGUCAAGGUCAAAAGAGGGAGCCUCGAGCGACUCCAGCCCUGCGGAUGCCGUCUUAAAUGCUAGUCAUCAAAACCCCAAAGCACAGAAAUACAUCAGCCUCAGCCUGCCGCAGUGGGAGGCGGCCGUGUCCCCUGGCCCAGGUGACAGGGAGACGAGCCACAGGCACGGGGGCCCACAGGUCUCCAGCGAAGACUCUGACAGUGACUAUGAACUUUGCCCAGAGAUCACCCUCACCUACACCGAGGAGUUUUCAGAUGAUGACCUGGAGUAUCUGGAAUGUUCCGAUGUUAUGACGGAUUACUCUAAUGCACUCUGGCAGAGGGACCUGCAGGGGACUCUGUGUGUUUUUUUAUUAGAAAGCGAUGACGAGGACAUGGACUGCAGCGAGUGUUGCCUGGGUGGGUGUGAGCACUCGCCCGGUGAAAUGGGGUGUGGGCCUCAGGUGUCGGGUGACACUGGACUGAUGGAGGCCACCACUGGCUUCUGUGGUCAUCACUCACAACCCCCAGGAGUGGGGGUGAGGAGCGCUGGAGCCUCCACCCACAGUCCCUCAUCUCCGCAAACAGAGAUGACUCUGACUUUGGGACCUCACCAGGAUGGAACGUCUACUGUGACCGCCCCGGGGAGAUAUAAACUUCCCACUGCGCCUGAGGCUGUGGAAAAUGAUUAUCCAGGAAUUCUAGGAGAAACCAGAGACAGCCACCCAGCUGGAGAGGAAUUCGCCUGUGACAAUCUGUUGAACGUGGAGAAAGCCGAGCCUGGGAGAGAGAUGAAGCGCUCGUGUGGAGAGCGAGAGCAGGCGGGGGUGACCGCAGCCCGGAAAAGAAUCGGGGAAAAGGACUUAGCGAGCAGGAGGGGCUCUGAGAAAACUGCCAGGGUGAGGCGACCAGGAAUGAAGGGAAAACCCAAGAAACUGAAAGAAAGUGCAACAGAAGGCACCCCUAAUCUCCUCUACCCCAAAGAACCUGUUAAGCACGCACAAGCCCAGAGUGAUCAGAGAGAGAGUCCUCUCGCCAGCACAGAAGCCACCCAUCUGAAUUCCCAGGUCCCCGCAGGAGAAUGUGCUAUUUCAGCCCAAGCAGAGCAAGAAGCAACACACCUGCAGACUCCAUCAGACUCUCUCCCCCAAGAUGGGGACUCCUGCUUCGAGGGAGAAGGGGUACAGGUUAACAACCUGUUCGAAACAAGCCAGGUUCCAGACCAGCGGCCUCAUCCCCAGGUACCAACUCAGGACACGGUAGGGGAGACGAUCUCUGUCAGCCAGAGGCCAGCCUUCUCUGAGCCUGCUGGGGAGGAGUCCACAGGUACUGGGACCAUAGCGGAUUCCUUCUCCAACCUAGGAGGCAUCGAUGAUGAAAAUGCACCCUUGGGCCAUCUGGAGCCCCAAGAUGAAGGGCCUACAGCUCAAGGCCUACAGCAUGAAGAAAACCAGGAAGAGGAAGAUGACCUACCUGCGUGUUCCUGGGAAGACCCAGGCCAUGAGCUGAGUGUCCCCAAGGCCACGGAUGCAGACAUGUCUCCCUGCGAACUGUCAGCCUGUUCCCCCCAGGGGGGCAGCACUGACCCCUGUGAUCCUGAGGGUCUCUCUGGUGCUUCCCCUGAACCCAUAAACUCCAUCUCUACCCUAGGAACUGUAAGCCCUGGGCUGGUAGGUGGAGAAGGAAUAUAUGAGAUGGAGCAUCUUGAAGCAGGUGACCAAGAGGCAGGUGGACCCCCAGGCUCUCCUGUUGGUGCCUCAGAGGGUGAAUAUUUGCCUCAAGAAAUAUUCCCCAGGGACUUCGUAUUGGAGGAGGCUCAAAGCCAAGUGUCUGACUUAUGGUAUCCUGAUUAUGAGACAUUGGGUGACCUUUUCCAAAAAGGGGCAUCUGAGUCUCCACAGCCUGCAAGUGAAAGCAGCGUAAGUGGGGAUUCGGCCGUGCCCCCUCUUCCUCUCCUUACUUUCACCUGGAACAGUGAGGACAGUGAAUGUGCCUCUGGGGAAAAUGACACCUGGGUAGAGAAUUUCACCUCCACAUUGGCCUCCAUAGUGCAGCCUGGCCAGGAGGGGCUGUGCCCCAUCCUCGUAGGAGGACACGAGGGCGGCCAACCUCUGACUCCUGAGGACAGCUCCUCUGUGUUGUUAGAAGGAGGUGACAGCAGUCCCUGCAGCAGUGCCCCGGACACUGUAGACACACCUGCCAGUCAGAGUCCAACUGGGGUGUUUCCUGAGGAGACGCCAACACCAUUUACUGCUGAUCUAGAGCGUGUUCCGGUGACCAGGGAGAGCAGAGACACAUCAACUGUUAUCAUCGCCACCAAAGUUCCCCUGGCCAGGUACCUCCCGCUUUCCAUCUCUUGGGACAGCCACGCAGAUGGCCCCGAGGAGCCCGCAUGUGAGACUGCAGGUGAAGAUGGCUCCCAGCUUCCUCCCAGUGUGCAGUUGGGGCUCAUUUUAAAUGAUGCCAUCACCGAGUCCACAGAAGAACAAGUUUGCAUGGCUGACACUGGGCCAGGAGCCCAUGUCCAUGUACCCCAACUCCCAGAGGGGGAACCCCCUCUCCAAAGUGGUAGCCAGGUUGGAGAUAAGAGCCAGGUGGAUGAAGCAGAUGGCAGCAGCCUUGAGGAGAAUUUCCACGAAGACGGAAAUGAGACAACGCAGGAGGUCCAGCAGGAGGGUCUGCCCCGCCAGGGUUCUGUUUCUAAAGACGACCUCCAAGAAAGUUUGCUCAUGACAUCUGCUGCACAAGAGGAAAUGAGCCUGGAGCCGGUGCCAAGCUCACCAGCAAGCUCCAGAGAGGACAGUGGGCAGAGCUCCCGCCUGGGGACUACAGAAGAUGAUAGGCAGGUGCUGAGUACCAUCCCACUGCUCUCGAACAUUCUCCUGGAGGAGGCUAAAGAGUUUGGACCAGAAUACUGGGGAGCAGGCAGCAAGCUGAAGAUUAUAACUCUAGAGGCUUCCAUUUCAGAAAUCUGGUCGCCCAGGGAAUGGACUGAUUCUGAGUGCCAGGAGUCAGAAGCUGGUCCCACGACUCCUGACAGAUCCUGGGAUGUAUCUGAUGUUUUACAGGCAGAUGCUGCCUCACCUGAGCCAGACCUCUCUGAAACAGCAGCAUGGGCUCACAGUGCUCAGCCUGAGGCUGGCUCAGCCCUGGCUGAAAACAGAGACCUCAUCCUUGAAGAUGAAGAACGAGCCAUCAGCGCACAGUGGAGUAUUCCCUCCUCCCCGUCUCUGAGCCACCCUGGAGUCCUGGAGUCAUCUGUGGACCCCGUCAAUGAAAAGGAAUUAGGUGUCACAGACGUGAUCUCAGAGGCGUCUGAAACAGGAGGGAAGGAACAUGUUAACAAUCGAAGUCAAAACCAAGAGCACCAAGAAGGAUCACCCGUGGAGGAUCACCCAGCCUUCUUUAAACAGUUUCUGGCCUGCCCUGAAAUCCUAGAGUCCUCAGUAGAUCCAAUUAAUGAGACAGGGGUGGUGGAGUGGGCCAGGGCUGGAACACCAGAGCCUUGUGAAUCCACACUGGGGCUCAGCAGAGGGCAGAGAAAAUCAGAUGAUGUAAACCUGGGCCAACGAGUGGAAAUUCAACCCACCAUCUUGCAAGCUCUGUGCCCCCAGGAAAGUGGGGAAGCUACUCCAAGUAGCUUCUGGAACCAAGAAUACAAAGCAAAUGUGCAAGUCCAGGCUGCCAUUUUCCAAGUCCCGUGUCCCCAGGAAGAUGGGGGAACAGAGUCGAGCAGAGGCGGCAGUGGCCAGAUUCAAGAUGGCAGUGGGAGGAGCUCCGGGGAGGCUGAACAGAGUGACAAUGACAGGGCAGGACUUGUCUCCCCCAGUUUACCUUUGUCAAUGACUCAUUCAUUGUUUGGAGUUGAUUCUCACAACUCCAUGGGUCAGAUUCAUAAUGUCUCUGAGAAUGACUUAGAGGAGGCCAGAAUCCAUCAAUAUGCCUUUUCUGACCCAAAGCUAAGGGGAACUCUUGAGAACGAGCGAUGGGAACAUCCACCCACUUCUGGUGGUCUUACUCAGCCGCCUUGUGCUUCAUCUCUUGAAGGAAACAUUACAGACUUUUCAGUAAGCCACAAAAUUGAGGAACCUAAAGUAGAGGAGCCCCAAAUUGGGGAAACCAAACCCACAAGAGCAUCUGGCUCCCCGGCAUUGACUUUGGCAUUGAUCUCAGGAGAAGAUGCAUCAGAGAACGCUCCUGAGAUACUGCAGGGCCCCUGUGCCCAGGACUCCCCACUGGGCAGUGGGACCAGGGAGCUGAGCCCCAUGGAAGCCCAGCCUGGCAGAUGCACUGAGACCCCCCCAACACUGCCAGGGUUGGAGGUGGUCAGGAAGAAGCCAGAAACCUCAGGAAGUGGACAUUUAGCUGAGGGAAUAAAGAAGAAAAUUCUGUCCAGGGUGGCAGCUCUGAGACAGAGAUUGGAGGAAAAGGAAAAUGUCAGAAAGAACACGGGCUUUCUUAAAAAGACUCCAAAGACUCCUCAACGCGAAACCUCGGGAUCACACACAGAUGAGAAAAAAGACCUCAAGAAGCCACCUUGCCAAAGAGGAGGAAAAGCUCCUGUAUUACUGAAAAAGAUCCAAGCAGAGAUGUUCCCUGACCACUCUGGAAAUAUAAAAUUAAGCUGCCAGUUUGCAGAAAUUCAUGAAGAUUCUACUAUCUGGUGGACAAGAGAUUCAAAGUCAAUCUCCCAAGUGCAGAGAAGCGCAGGAGACAAUUCCACUGUGUCCUUGGCUAUCGUUCAAGCUAGUCCGAAGGACCAGGGCCUCUAUUAUUGCUGCAUCAAGAACAGUUAUGGAAAAGUGUCUGCCGAAUUUAACCUCACCGCUGAAGUUCUCAGACAGCUUUCAAGUCACCAGGAGACAAAAGGCUGUGAGGAGAUUGAGUUCAGCCAGCUCAUCUUCAGAGAAGACUUCCUCAGCGACAGCUACUUCGGGGAUCACCUGCGCGGUCAGAUUGCCACAGAGGCGCUGCACUUCGGGGAGGGGGUGCACCGCAAGGCCUUCCGCAGCCGGGUGAUGCAGGGCCUCCUGCCCAUCUUCCAGCCGGGGCACGCCUGCGUGCUCAAGGUGCACAACGCCGUGGCCUACGGGACCAGGAACAACGACGAGCUCGUCCAGAGGAACUACAAGCUCGCAGCCCAGGAAUGCUAUGUUCAAAAUACUGCCAGAUACUAUGCCAAGAUCUACGCCGCUGAAGCACAGCCUCUGGAAGGCUUCGGAGAAGUGCCGGAGAUCAUUCCCAUUUUUCUCAUCCACCGGCCUGAGAACAACAUCCCUUACGCAACCGUGGAGGAGGAACUGAUGGGAGAAUUUGUGAAGUAUUCCAUGAGGGACGGGAAGGAAAUAAACUUCUUGAGAAGAGAGUCAGAGGCUGGUCAGAAAUGCUGUACCUUCCAGCACUGGGUGUACCAGAAAACAAGCGGCUGCCUCCUGGUCACGGACAUGCAGGGUGUAGGAAUGAAGUUAACUGAUGUGGGCAUAGCAACACUGGCUAAAGGGUACAAAGGAUUUAAAGGCAACUGUUCCAUGACCUUCAUCGAUCAGUUUAAAGCAUUACACCAGUGUAACAAGUAUUGUAAAAUGCUGGGGCUGAAAUCGCUGCAGAAUACCAGCCAGAAGCUGAAGAAGCCCAGCGUGGGGAAAAGCAAAAUCCAGCCAAGCUCCACAACAGUGAAGAAGGUGCCUUCUUCUUCUGGGACCCCUGCAGAAAAGAAAACCUAACCCCUCUGAAUGAGCGUGAAUGAACCAGCGGCACAUACUGUGUGGGUAGAAUCCUGAAAACGCCCUGAGAACGCCUGGGAGAGUCUGCAGAAUGCUGUGACGAUCCUUAUUCCUGACUAUGUGUCCUCCACGCUGCUUCAAAGCCCGUCACCUGCCGUCUCCACUGGAAUGAUUUUGGAGCAGUAUUGGCGGCCAGACUUAAAGAGACAGAGCCAGCGGUCAUUCUCAAGGACAGUUCAUGUUUGUGUACGCCUUUGGCAUUUUCACCGACCUCACGUUGUGUAUGUUUGUGUAUUUGCACGUGGUUGUGUUGUCAGGACUUGGUGCUGAGCUGGUCUGUCCCCAGUCAAAUCCCCCCCUCCCUGUUGCUAACCUUGGAUUUCUAGACACCUCCAGCUGCUACAUGACCAGAAAACGGGAAUUCCUUCCUGGGGUCAAGUCGUUGCAAUCAUGUCGAAUAUGCUGUUGUCCCUAGAGGUGACUUCCAAAAAGCGAGGCCACUUCCUGUCACUCUUCACACAUCCACUUGUAGUGUUCUGGUUAAUUAAAUUCAUAUUUAAACAAAAAGUGGAAGAUGCAUAUGUUACCAGACACUUGUUUUUUAGAAUAUGUGGCAUA